GAAAAGGCCACAGUGCGCCGUCUAAGAAAUUCCAAUCCUUGAAUCCAGAAAUCGCCUUUUUGUUUUCGUUCUGGAGAACAGUUCUCCACCUGCUGUCCGGAAUCGCGGGAAUGGAGCUCGGGAUCCACCGCCAUUGGUAAACCUGAGGAAGAUUGGAAACCAACACAUUUGAAAGACGCGUGCAGAAGGCGACCGAACGUACAUCUAUCCUUAGAGAACACGCAAAUGUCGUCGCCGUCGUCAACGGCCACGAAGCGGAAACGCAGCGUCUCCCACCUACCCGCUCCCGAUAUCCCCCAGUCAUCAACUGCCGAAUUGCUUCAGCCGUCAUCCCGCGACGCCUCUGGUGAAGAAGGGGAUGAAUCCGCAGCUCCCAGCACAUCCGUGAAACAUAAGAAACCCGCCCUUGCUGCCGACACGUCCACCGUUCCACCCUCCAAGCGUCCUAGGACCCGAUCUAUAAUACCUUCAGACUUAGCGGCCCAGACUCUCAACGGCGAUACAUCGUCAAUUAGCAAAAAUGAUCCAGGCGAGCCGUCGGAGACGACGGAGGCAAGUGUAGACAUUGAGCAUCGGGUGAAACGUCGAUCGGGCUCAUUCCGUCAGCCAAGAAAUCAGGAUGAGCGGAUGAAGCCGCCGAUGAGAGCGGGUUUGCAAGAUCCGGCUGGUUACAAGACCAAUCCACCUCCUACUGGACGCCCAGUGAGGGUGUAUGCGGACGGUGUAUUCGAUUUGUUCCACCUUGGUCAUAUGAGGCAGCUGGAACAGGCCAAGAAAGCAUUUCCCAAUACCCAUCUCAUCGUCGGUGUGACCGGAGACGCGGAGACACAUAAGCGAAAGGGUUUGACCGUUCUGAGCGAGGUUGAGAGGGCAGAAACCGUCCGUCACUGCAAGUGGGUGGACGAAGUUAUACCGAACUGUCCCUGGAUCGUAAGUCCGGAGUUCCUUGAGGAACACCAGAUAGACUAUGUUGCCCACGACGAUAUCCCAUAUGGAGCAGACGAGGGCGACGAUAUUUAUGCCCCGGUGAAAGCGGCAGGCAAAUUUUUAGUCACUCAAAGAACAGAGGGCGUGAGCACCACAGGUAUCAUUACGAAGAUUGUUCGAGACUACGAAAAAUACAUCACUCGGCAACUCAAGCGAGGAACCUCCAGACAAGAGCUUAAUGUCUCCUGGCUGAAAAAGAACGAGCUUGAGAUCAAGAGGCAUGUCAUUGAGCUUCGCGACACCAUAAAGAAUAACUGGUCGUCAACCGGUCAAGAAUUAGGCAAAGAACUGAGGCAAUUCUGGCAAAGCAGGCCAAAUAGCCCUGCUCGACGAAGCUUUGACUUUGGACAUAAUGGCGUCACAAGCCCAACGGGGAGCGGAAAUAUAUUCGGAUUUGGAGGUAACAAGUCACACCUCGAUAAUUCGAACCGGCCAGAGAGCCCCGGCGUAGGCCGGACAGAGGAUUUUGCAACAGGAUAUAGUUUAGGGUUGAUCGGCGGGGUUCGAUCAUGGAUGAUGCGCAGCCGUACUUCUCUGCGUGAUACACUCAGCCUCCCAGCAUCGCCUUCUGGCAGUGAUGAGGAGCGCAAUGGUACUGAGGAUACGAAGGCUGAGGCCCCCGGGAAUUCGAAGGUAGCUACCUAA